ACAAAACUAGUAAUCCAAAGCUUUUCUCUUAUAAUCUAAAGAAAUCAGCAGUACAAAAUUUUGUUUGUGAUUGAAGAUGGAGAAGGUUGCACUAAUUGUUGUGCUGGUAACUAUGGUUGCAUGCAUCAUGCUUGUUCACGUUGAAGGUGGUAGAAUAAUCUUUGUAGCAUCUGAACCAGUCAGUGAUCGACAAAUAUCACACCAAUCUUUGAAGAAAGAACAUAAUUUUCAGAAUGAAGCUGCAACACCUUCUGGAGUAAUCAGUGGGAUGGUUUUCCCUGUUCCAUGUGCAGUUACAGAGUUUAUUCCAUUCCCUUGCACAACUUCUCUCACUAACAAUUCACAGAUAACUGAGUUUUGUUCUUGCAGAGUGAUGUACAACUAGAUCAGCUUUGAUCUACAUUGAUUUCCAUUAUAAUUUGCUAUAACUUUAUGUAUGUACUGAUCAUCUCAUAGAUCAUAAAUAACCAUGUUACAAUUAUGUGGCUAAUAACUAAUAAGACCAGAAGUGUUGUGAGUA